CAGUGUUCGGUUCGAAAUGUGUUUAUCGACAAAUUUUGUUCAGCGAUGAGGCUCAUUUCUGGUUGAAUGGCUACGUAAAUAAGCAAAAUUGCCGCAUUUGGGGUGAAGAGCAACCAGAAGCCGUUCAAGAACUGCCCAUGCAUCCCGAAAAAUGCACUGUUUGGUGUGGUUUGUACGCUGGUGGAAUCAUUGGACCGUAUUUUUUCAAAGAUGCUGUUGGACGCAACGUUACGGUGAAUGGCGAUCGCUAUCGUUCGAUGCUAACAAACUUUUUGUUGCCAAAAAUGGAAGAACUGAACUUGGUUGACAUGUGGUUUCAACAAGAUGGCGCUACAUGCCACACAGCUCGCGAUUCUAUGGCCAUUUUGAGGGAAAAACUUCGGACAACAAUUCAUCUCAAGAAAUGGACCCGUAAGUUGGCCACCAAGAUCAUGCGAUUUAACGCCUUUAGACUAUUUUUUGUGGGGCUACGUCAAGUCUAAAGUCUACAGAAAUAAGCCAGCAACUAUUCCAGCUUUGGAAGACAACAUUUCCGAAGAAAUUCGGGCUAUUCCGGCCGAAAUGCUCGAAAAAGUUGCCCAAAAUUGGACUUUCCGAAUGGACCACCUAAGACGCAGCCGCGGUCAACAUUUAAAUGAAAUUAUCUUCAAAAAGUAAAUGUCAUGAACCAAUCUAACGUUUCAAAUAAAGAACCGAUGAGAUUUUGCAAAUUUUAUGCGUUUUUUUUAAAAAAAAAGUUAUCAAGCUCUUAAAAAAUCACCCUAUACUUUGCUAAAGUCAGUGCAUAUAACAUCCGUAUGCUUUUUCUCGCUUAAACCCAAUGAUACAUGGUUUACAAAUUCAAGUAAAUUUGUUAAAGUAGAUUUCCCUUUACGAAAUCCAUACUCAGAAGAAGAAAGAUGCAGAAGUUUAAGUAUAACUGAUAGUUUUGCAAUACCCUUAUAAUUUUCAAUGUACGACGUAAAACCACUUUUAUGCAAUGGGAUUAUAAAUGGAUUUUUCCAUAUUGAAGGAAAUACACCUUUUUUAAGAGAGGAAUUAAAAAUCUUGAUCAGAGGCAAGUAGGUAUAUUGGCAUAUUAUUCCAGAGAACUUGCUGAUUGGAAGCAUUUUAGGAUAAUUACUUAUUUAAGUAAAUUUUAUAACAUUUUCUGUGUAUAUCCGAAUAGUCAGCGCAGAGCAGAAUAUAUGAGAAUAGUCGACAAGUGAAUCAGUUUUUUUAUUGUUUAAAAGCUCAAGUUUUUCUGUUUCUUAAUUUAUAUAACUCUUUCGACGGUGUUGUACUUUUAAUUUUAUUAACAAUUACUAUAGGAACAUAUAUCUCAAAUAAUUCCGAGACAGUUUUAUUUCGAGAGCUUCAAAUUAAUACCUCCAUUAUAUGCAGACUAAGUUACACUAUUUCCUAUUAUAGCUAGCUUUGGCAAAGUAACAUUGUGAAAAGAAGCUAGAAAGUUGAUGAUAACAAUCCAAUACAUUACCUAUGAUUUCGACAGUUAUUUCCAAAGCAGGAUGAUACGACUCCUCAGGUAGAACAAGAGAAUCCUCUUGCUGAAUAAAGGAACACUUUAAAGAUAUAUCGACAGACAAUCAAUUAUCAUGAUUUUUUCCAUACACUCAUUAAGGUAUGAGCGAUUGCAAAUCUGUACAAUAUAAUCAUCAAAUGUACAAGGACUUAUUGCAGAACAAUUUAAACGGUGACUAUGUGGACAAUUUACCGUUGGUUUGGAUUUUUCAACAUGAAAACGACCCCAAUCAUAAGUAGUCGAAAUGCUAAAGUACUACGUAAUAAAGGAUAUCCAAUUAAAAUGACUGAUGUGUGCAGAAGUGCUACGUAAUCCUUUACUACGUAUUAUCCAACUACAAAAUGCCGUAUACUUCAAAUAACUAAAUUUUUUAUGUUCUGAUUUCUUAUAUUUAUUUUUUAUGUUAGAGUUUUAUGUUUAAAAUUCCAAAAAAACUUGUAGACGAGGCAAAAAACAAUUAAUUUAAAAUAUUUAGAAUGGUUUUUUAAGAUAAGAUAAAUAGGUUAGGAUUGCGCGACCUUAGACUAAUUUCCCCUCUCUUUGGUCACAAUGGCCCACCUAGUCUCUGCAUAUUGAUAAAUUAUAUUAAUUCUCAGGAUAAAUUUAGAUAAUAUGAAAUUGUGACGUUUUCUGCAAAUUUCCUGAUUUUUGAUGCUACCUUUUGUAGCGUAGGUGCACAUAUUUGUUUUGACAUACAUAAGUGCAAACAACGUAGAAAGCCUGUUUCAACGUGUUCUCGAAGUGUGAAUGGAAUUUUACAACUAACGGGACAUCAUUUGAUAUGCAUACACAUGUAUGUAUGUAGAAAUGAAUGCAUAUUCAAUGAUUUAUUUUGUUAUUAUUUUAGUUCUGGAAUAGCAUUACACGCGACGACAUCAAUUUAAAUUACAAUAUGGCAAAUAGACGUGCACAUAAAACAUUAUCACUAGCUGAUAAGAUUAAAAUAAUACAAGAGAUAGACCGCGGACAAUCUGGAAAACUUUUAGCAGAUAAAUAUGGUGUAGGAACUUCUACAAUUUGUGACAUAAAAAAAAUUCCGAAAAUAUUAGGAGAUUUGCUGAGAAUUCUGAUGAAAAACUUUUGAAGCAGCGCAAGACACUCAAAACGGGUGAGUACGAAGAGUUUGAGCAAAAAUUACAUGCUUGGUUUGAAGAGAAGCGGUCACGACAUCAAACCAUUUCAACGGGAGUUUUACGACAAAAGGCAAAAUCACUUUAUCAGAAAAUGUAUAACAAUGAAUCGUUAAAAGCUAGCGAUGGAUGGUUUCAAAAGUUUAAGAAACGAUUUUCUGUGCGAAACUUAAAAAUAUGCGGAGAGUCUUUAUCUGCUAGACCAGAUCUUGUUCCUGCUUUUCAAAAUAAGCUCUACAAUGUAAUUGAAGCUGAAAAUUUGUUGGACGACCAAAUUUAUGAUGCUGAUGAGUCUGGACUUUUUUGGAAAAUGUUUCCAGACAAAACUUUAGUGCAUUUUAAAGAAAAAUCAGCUCCAGGUACCAAAAUGAGCAAAGAGAGAAUAAUCACCUUCUUAUGUUGUGCUAAUAAGACUGGAAGUCACAAGCUACAGAUUGCAGUGGUUGGUAAAUCAAAAAACCCUCGGUCAUUUAAAAAACAAAGGGUGAUUGAAUAUUACUCAUCAAAAAAUGCAUGGAUGACAACAUACAUUUUCACUGAAUGGUUUUUCAAAUCGUUUAUACCACAGGUAAAAAACUAUCACACUGAAAAUAGUUUGCCGAAAAAAGGUCUAUUGAUAUUGGAUAAUGCAACAUGUCAUGGGGAGCCGUUGACAUCUGAAUGUGGACAAAAUAAAACUAUGUUUUUGCCUCCAAAUUGUACUAGCAUUAUCCAACCUAUGGAUCAAAAUGCAAUACGCCUGACUAAACUUUAUUACAAAAAAGACCUCUUAUGUGAAUUGGUCAAUUCUGAAUCAGACAGUACUGACAUUUUUUUGAAACAAUUCAGUAUGUACGACGCUUGUGAAUUGCUUAAGCGAUCUUGGAACAGGGUAUCGGAUUCCACUCUAAAGUCCUGUUGGAAAAAUAUUCAUACCCAGAGAUGGGCUUCAGAAGAUAACAUUCCAUUGUCAGUCUUACAACAAGAAUUACCAGAGAGUGAUCUUUCGGCUCGUUUUGAAGAAAUUGAAGAAUUUCGUGCAAUCACAAAUUUAUUUCGCCGCAAUACUGACGUGGAACUUUCUGAAGAUGAAGUUCUUGCCUGGAUUAAUGACUCUGGCAGUAGUGUGGUUGCAUGUAGUAGCUCAGAAUUGGUUACAGAAGACGAAGAAGCAGAAUCUAAUAUGAUUAAGCGCGUUAAAAAUCAUGAAGCUGUACAAGCUUUAAAUACAAGUAUAGAUUGGGCAAAGCAACGAGGCAUAGACACUGAUCAAAUAUUAGUACUCAAGGAAAUGCGUAAUAAAGCUUUAGAAGCAUGUGUAUUGAAACAGAAACAAACUUGCAUCACAAAUUUCGUUAAAAAAACAUCAUAAUAAAUAAGGCGUAAGCAAUAUUCUUUCUUAAAAAUAUAAUAAUAAAUUAAAUUAGUUCUGAAAUACUAUCCCGAGUUUUAUUUUCGAAUGGCGUCAUCUUAUGUGAAAUAAAAUACUUAAAUAUAGCCUAUCCACUAAUCCGAAUAUUUCGCUAAUACGAAUUGGGGUGUGCAACCAUUAAUUCGGAUUAGCGAGCUUUCACUGUAUUAGUGGAACUCCGUCUCAUACCUCUCGAUAUGGUUGCACCAAAUGUACAGAGGUAGAUUGGAAAAUAGAUGAUGUUUUGACAUAAAUUACUACUUUUAGGGAUUUGGUAACUGGUGGGGAUUUCUCGAACAGAAAGUACCCUGAACAUAAUAAUUCACCUUUUGUUUCACAAAAUAACGUACUUGAAAAUUUAAAAAUUUCAAUGGACAGCCAGUUUCCUUUGCAUUGUAUGCACCUCAUAGAUUUAGGCGAAAUGCGCAAAUUUUUAUGCAGAUUGUUAAACAAUAAAGUUUCCUUUAAACUAAAUAAAAAAAAA